GUUUGUCCCGAAAGAAAGGUGAAAGGUCAUCACGAAGAAAACACGCCCUCGUAAAUCGCACGAGAAGGCGCUGCCGGGCACUUCACCAAGAUCGCCGUGUUUCUCCCUGCUUUGGGCGUUUCUUCCUCUUGUAGCAGCGACUUCCAUGAUAUAAGAUGUUGGGAGUUAUAGUGUCGCUGCUGGCCCUUACAGCGGGUGUGUGGGCUUACCCGUCAGGUGCCCCAGCCACAGCCUGUCUGGACAUGACCCCUCAACACGGGCCCUCUGAACAGACCAGCACGCCGUCGUAUGAACUAGUGGUCAGCAAUGAUACAUACGCAGGCGGGGAUGAGAUUGAAGUCACCCUAAGAAGGACGGGUAACUCUGCACAAUUCAGGGGGUUCUUCAUCCAAGCUCGCACCCCCGGAUCAACAGAUGCACAAGGACAGUUCACCACUGUUGACUCUGGCACCACCCAAACUGUCAACUGUGGCAGUGUGGCAAACUCACAAAAUGGAGUGACUCACACAGGAAGGUCAGAUAAAACAACUGUGACUGUGACAUGGACUGCACCAGCAAACCGUGUGGGACACAUACAGUUCAGGGCCACAGUUGUCGAGACAGAGGCUGUUUUCUGGGUGAGCGAGGUGAAGUCUGCAUACGUGCAGGACCCCACAGCUGGGCCUUUACCCACACAAGCAACCUCUAGUGGACAGGACAUUGGGGUGACGUCCAGUGGCUGUGGCUCCACCAAAGGUUGUUACCAGGCGCCCACUAACUGUGCCCCGCCGGCUUGUGACUACUUCUCCUCCUGGCAAACCAGCGGCAACAGUGUACUGUUUGAAGUCAGCGGGACGUCCAACGGAUUCGUGGCUGUGGGCAUCUCUGAUGAUAACAUGAUGGGUUCGGAUGACAUCUAUGAGUGUGUGUAUGACUCAGACACAGGCAGUACCACUGUCUUCUCCACCUGGAGCCCAGGAAAGACCAGGCCAGAAAGGGACAGCACCCAGGGUGGCAUCUCGGCCAUUUCCGGGUCGUACGUGAAUGGUGUUGUGUCGUGUAAGUUCACCCGAGCUAUCAACGACGCUGCGGCUGGCAGGAGGAAGAGACAGUCAGAGAAGGUCAAUAACGGCAGGUUCUAUAACCUGAGAGACAAUUACUACGUGCUGAUGUCGAAGGGAUCCACCAGUGGAAAUACUAUAUCCUACCAUGCUACUAAUCGCGUGGUUUCAUCAAGUAAGGUUGAUUUUCAAAGCAACACCCAAGUGACUGGUGCAGGGAGCCCGGACAUUGUCAAGGCACAUGGUUCCCUGAUGAUGAUUGCCUGGAUCUGCACUGCCAGUGUCGGUGUGCUCAUGGCACGUUUCUUCAAACACCUCUGGCCUGAAGACACCCUCUGCAAGGAGAAAGUCUGGUUUGCUAUCCACCGUGCCAUGAUGAUCACCACAGUGGUCCUGACUAUCAUCGCCUUCAUCCUCAUCAUGACUUACAACAACUGGCUCUGGGCUUUUCAUGCUGGUGCCCAUGCCAUUGUGGGAAUCAUCGUGGUGAUCCUGGCUCUGAUCAACCCCCUCAUGGCCCUGGCACGGCCACAUCCUGAUCAGCCCAAGCGUUUUAUCUUCAACUGGGCCCACUGGGGUGUUGGUACAGUUGCCCGAAUCCUGGGUGUGGUGGCCAUAUUUCUGGGGAUGGACCUGGCCGCGCUUGACCUCCCCCCUGCCGCCACCUUCAUCAUGGUUGGCUGGGUCAUCUGGCACGCCCUGGCCGAGAUCGUCCUGGAGAUACACAACUGUUCCACCAGCUCCAAAGCUGGCCGUGCUGAAGAGAUGGAGAUGGAUAAUGCUGCUGGUGACACAAAGUCAAAGCCUUUACGGGGAGGAAACUACUCUGGGGGCCAUAACAUCAGGAAGGGCAUCCUGGGCCUGUAUGUGUUUGGCAUGCUGGGAUUCCUGAUCGCCCUGCUGGUCUAUGUGGGGCUCAAUUGAUCUCUGGGCACCGUGCUAACGGCAGGGACGCUAUACAGGCUUUUAUUUGUAGUCAUCUAUUGGCUACAUGUUGGAUUUACAGGGUACAUCUGUAAAACACAAGAACAUGCUACAACAUGAUUCAAUUAUACACCAACAUGAUUGUCGGCCAAUUUAGGUUGACAUUAUUAUCAAAGAAAAGCCUGUAUAGAAUUCUCAAAGGAACCCUCAUUGGAGUUCUUCUAUGGAGCUAGAUACUUGAUACAGGUCACAAAUGCUAAACACAACUCACAGCAUUAUAGGUUAGGAAAUCGUUUUGUUGACAUUUGCAGUUGUGGCUCAAAUAGCACAAUGAUUCAAAAUUACAAAUGGUGUAGUGGUCAUAGUGGUGUAAGUAUUCCUGAGGCAAAAUGAACAAAUAUAGAUAGCACUUGAUUGUACUGAUAAGUAACGUACAUUACUUGGUGAAGCUACCACUCAGUACAGAAGUUCAACUGAUAGCAAGGAUGUUUAGUUAUUGCCAUGUUGCCACUGGUUUUAACAGGAUCUGGCAUGCAAACUUUUACGUAAAGCUACACACCGCAUCAAAUUGUUGAAGCAAAAUUAAGUGCCUUGGUAAAACUCUUCAAAUUUCUGUAUCUUUUUGAGCCUGUCAAAAAGACAGAAAUUUGAAUUUUUCCAGCUUGAUCUGCUGGUUCAUCAAAUUGUCUUUUAACAGAGUACUCGUCUCCUGUCUUGUGAAUAAGACUCAGAAAUCUAUAUUAUCAUUUUGAUGGAAAUGUUGGGAUAGUAUAAUUCUUUUUUUUUUGCACUGUGUAUUGAAAGACCAGGAUAUGGGGCUGUAUAUAUUUCUGCAUGGUGGUCUAUGGACUUAAAUUAGAAGUAGGUUGGAUUGUGUUGUCUUGGACAAGAAAAUAGGUUGUUAAACAGCAGAUAUGAAGUCAUAAAAGUUAUCGCCUUACCCUAUCACACAUUCACACCUUUUGUCAGCCCCUUGCUGAUUUUACUGUCAUUAUAAUAUUGUAAUAAGGGUAUGCCAUGAACCUGCCGUAACUAAUGCUAAAGAAGUUUUCUACAGUUUACAUGUUAAACCAUAGGCUUACAGUUACAGAGGGUCUUGUGUUUACAUAUGAGUAGUGUUUCCAAGUAUUGAAGAGGUGGCGAUAUCUUUUUUACUCUAUUUAUGGUCAAGAUAGGUGAACUGACAGUAGCAGUUUCAGAACCCAGAAAGUAGCAGUUUUGUCUUAUGUGAUUUUCACUGUGCUGGACAAUCAUAGAAUCUAUUUUUGCACAAUGUGCUUUCAAAUUGUUAAAAGCAGCAUCAAGUUUCUUUGGCACAUUUCAUGCCCCAGUAAAGGAAAAUAGCCUUCUUUUUACUUUUACUUACUUUUGAUUUUUUUCACCUACUCUAGUAUCAUCAUUAAUGUUUUGUUUAAGUUCUUGUUUUUGUAAAUAUACAUGUAGCUAAGAGGAUUGUGUGUCUUGAGUGUUUAGAUGUAAUGGAAUUUAGUUCAGGAUAUUGCAAGGCACUUGUAUGAGAAUGGUCCUUUCAUUUUGUUGAAGAAAUGCUUGGCUCAUUCAGCAGUGCAUACCAGUAGUUUGGUUCGUUAUGUCACAGUCAUAUUGUAACCAGACUACAUAGAUUGUAGCAGAGUAAGUAUAUUCCCAUUUUAGAGUACUUUCAUCGUAUCCAUUUAAAGCUGUUAUAGGAAGAUAAUUAUUGGUACAUACACAUUGCAAAAUCAAGACUGAUGUUGACUGCAUUGCAGGUUUCCGGGGUGUGCAGAUAGCUAUUAUUAGUAUUAAGGGGACCAAAUUUCAAAAUCUGUCUCUUAAAAGGCCAACGAUUUUUGGAACAGUGCCUUAACGUACCUUGACAUACCUUUUUCCAUUUCUCCAGGCAUCGCUAUAUAUAUAGCUUUUGUACCCACACCUUUUGUACCCACAUUAUUUUUUUGUACAUUGUGCAAAGAUUAGUAAGUAGUUGUGUUACAGUGGUUGAUCAGUGACUUUUUUUGUGUGGAAAACCUUUAAAAUUUGUGCCUUAGAUCCUCGGAAUAUUUUACCAACAUAAAAACAUUGUACUAGAUUUAAACUUAAACACAUUAAAGAAGAGGGAGUGUUGGGAAUAAGUGGCACAUCGUAGAUAUUUGUGAAAAAUAAAUGUCAAGAUAUAUUUGAGA